AUGCACAAACUUGGACUCACCACUUUCGCAGCGUCGAUCUUGGCGACUGCUGCUACUGCAGCUAGCAACACUGGUCCCUUUUCUCUUUAUGCUUAUGGACCUGGAGUUGGUGGUCUUCCGAUCUUUUCCUCCGGCGAUGAAGUCUUUGUUGGCAACUUCAGCCAAGUCGACGACUCCGAGGCCGCUCCGGUUCAGUUUACCGAGGGAGAUGAUGCAUGGCAUGCCUCUCCAAACACGACCGGCUUUGCCAAAGGACGUGAUCCGACCUGGUCCAACUACACCUUUGCCGUCCCUGGGCCAUCCUCGUCCUCUCAUAGCGUCAAACUGAUCAACAGUACGGCCGAUGCCGACAAUUACGUAUCGGAUCUGAUGUUCUAUGGAACUUUUGUCAUGGUCGAAGAAAACGGACAGAUGGCCUCACUUUGGUAUGCCACGCCGUCAGAGAUCGAGGGUGUUUAUGCCAUUGGGUGGAAUGCUUCAGAUGCUGGUCAAUCUGACGAUAAGGUCGUCAUCACUCUCAAGAGGACUCCGCCGUCAAACCCUAACCCCAAGGAUCAUAUGGAAACACCACAUGCAGUUGGGUGGACAACCCCGACAGCAACCCCAUCCCUGGGUACAGGUCGUGUUAUCUUCACCGCCGGAAGCACUAUCGUGAUUGAUUCGCCCGCAAAAGAAGUUUUUAAUGCCAUCGUUGGUUUCAGUAGAUACAGCGAGUGGAACACUUGGACUCCCAGACUCACAUUCACCGACAAUGAGGCUUUAGAUGCGAUAGAGCUAGGAGCCAAUGGGAUUCUGGAAACUCUGACCGACAGCGGCGGCGACAUCAUGAAAAUCCCAAUUGAGAUAUGGGAAUUGAGCUACGGAGAGGGACAAUGUAAGCUGGCGUGGAAGAGCAAGUAUCUACCCUGGUGGGCUACAACCAUUGAGCGAGAGUCUAUGGGUGGCCUUGCAGCAUAUGCAAUGAAGCUCUCAUGGGUAUCGAAACAACUCGAGGCAGCGAAUGUGCGAUACCUUGAUGAACUUGCGGUUUUCGUGAAAAAGGUUGUUACAACGAAGGAUGUGCCAGCGAAAGCUUGAUGGUGAUACAAUCAAGCUUUUGGACAAUAAAAAGAAUAAAAAGGGAACAAGAAGCAUGGAAGCUGAAUGCAAACAGAGAUCGUUCUGCUUGAACGCUGCGGCAUUAUGGGAGCCUGCGAUUAUCAGCUGCUUGGCUGAGAAGCUAUGCACAAGUACUACACUCGGA